CUGAGUCUCCAGACCCUGCUCUCAUAGGCAGGGGGGGGUUCUGGCGGCACUCCUGGCCAGUGGCUGAGCUGGAGUCGGAAAUGAGCAGUGACACACAUGAAGGGUUAACCCUGAGCGGGUUACAGGGUCAGCCUGGAGCCGCUCACUCACCGCCCCUUUCCUCAAAGCUGAUCCUUCCGGCUCUGGCUCCUCCCUCUACAACAGAGUGGCCUCUGACAGAUGCUGAUCUGGGUCCAGGUCUGUCUCGGUGGUUGUGACUGGGCCUGGGAUAAAGGUGGCCCUAGGGAUCUGGGGCAGAGAAAGUCUGGGGCAGAGAGAGUCUGGCCAGCACGAUCGGGCGGAGAGAGAAACAUUUGAGCCUAGGGUUGAGGCUGUCACCAGCAGCUGCCGCUGAGAAAUGGCAUCAGGUUUGCACCUUACUGGAGAGGGAGGACAGGAAGUGGUCUGUUUUUCUCCCGCUCAGUGUUGCAGAUAGGGGGAGAAUCACCCGUCUCCUAAUUUUAACCAGUACGUGAGGGACCAGGGCGCCAUGACCGACCAGCUGAGCCGGCGGCAGAUUCGCGAGUACCAGCUCUACAGCCGGACCAGUGGCAAGCACGUGCAGGUCACCGGGCGUCGCAUCUCUGCCACCGCGGAGGACGGCAACAAGUUCGCCAAACUCAUAGUGGAGACGGACACCUUUGGAAGCCGUGUGCGCAUCAAGGGUGCUGAGAGUGAGAAAUACAUCUGCAUGAACAAGAGGGGCAAGCUCAUCGGAAAGCCCAGCGGGAAGAGCAAAGACUGUGUGUUCACGGAGAUUGUGCUGGAGAACAACUACACGGCCUUCCAGAAUGCCCGGCACGAGGGAUGGUUCAUGGCCUUCACGAGGCAGGGCCGGCCCCGCCAGGCUUCUCGCAGCCGCCAGAACCAACGAGAGGCUCACUUCAUCAAGCGCCUCUACCAGGGCCAGCUGCCCUUCCCCAACCACGCCGAGAGGCAGAAGCAGUUCGAGUUCGUGGGCUCAGCCCCCACCCGCCGGACCAAGCGCACACGGAGGCCACAGCCCCUGACGUAGUCGGGGACACUGGGGGCAGCCGCCCCUCACCAGCCUUCCCAUCCCCUUCCCUUCCUGAUCCCAAGACUGGGCUGGGGUGGAGGGAGGGGAACCAGAGCCCCCAAGGAGGACCCUGAGGACCACCAAGCGUCAGAGCCUCCAGCCAGAAAGGGGCGGGACUGCCACAAACCAGGGCUGGGGCCUCAGGGCAGCCGCCCCAGACACCCCCCCACCGCCCCACCCCCGCACUGGAAUAGGCCCCGGGGGUGGGGGUGGGGCAGACCCCCAGGCGGGGAACUGUAGUGUUCCCCUGGACGCAGGCUCCCUGAAACAGGUGGAAAGGGCAGCAGAUUCAAGGCCUUGCAGACACUGUCAGGAACUCUGCUUGCUGAGACUUCCUCAGUCUACUUCCAGCCUCCAAAUUCCUCCUGGCCAGACUGUAGGAAGGGACUUUUGUGUUUGUUUCAGGAAAAAAGAAAAAGGGAGCGAAAAAAAAAAAAAAAAAGAGGGAUGGCCAUUCUUCACAUUCCACUACCCAGGCCUGCACCCCCAUCCCCAAUUUCGAGCCCCAGAAUAAAACCAUUUUC